AAUUGGAUCAUCAAUUUCAAGAAUAUCAAUCCAAUUGCAAUAUUCGUGGAGAAAAUGGUGCCACAAUAUUCGUGUUUCUCAUAAAAUCCAUGAAUAUAGUUGUCCCCGCUGAAAUUGACACCUUUGUCUAUUUCUAUUUUAAAUACUGCCCCAAUCAAAUUCUGCAUUUUUUCGGAAAUCUUUUCUUGGACUUUCGUGAUUUCUGUUUCAAUUAGGGUUUCCGGUAUUCGAAUUAUUCUAAAUCUAACCAUGAUUUCGGAAUUCCUUUUUGCAUAUGAUUUUUCCGAUUUAAGGGUUUAAUUUUUAUUGAAGGAUUAGGUGAACCCUAAUUUUGGAAAUUCUUUCUGCAUAUGAUUUUUCUGAUUUAGGGCUUCACUUUUAUAGAAGGAUUAGGUUAUUUCUCCCCUGUAUUAGGAACCCUGUUUAACAACGCCUCUAGAUCGUUAUUUCAUUUGGUCUUCUGCUAUAGAUUGAAUGAAAGAUCUGAUCUAUACGAUUUCUUGUUGUAUUAGUAGUUCUAGAUAUAAAUAGUAAUUGAAAAAAGGGUCAAAAUUUCAUUUUUUGGGCUGAAAAAUUGGGCUAAGUCAGAUAUUCUUAGAGAGAGAUUUGUACAAAUACUCUAGCAUUUACUUAAGAAUGAAGCAAUCAAAGAAGAAAAAGGGAUCAAAAGUUUCAAAAAAGGAGAAAGCAAAAAGCCCUGCUGCAUCAAGCGAAAGUUCUAACGAGAAUGUUGGUAGGGUCCUGAAAAAUUUAACGGAGACUUUUGCUUCUGUUUCGCUAGAAAAAACUGCUUACGCUUACAACGAAGCGAACGUGGAUCCAAACAGGGCUGCACAAAUCCUUGCCAGUGUGGUAGGGAGCGCAGUGGCGGAGGAUCACAGCACGAGUUGCUCAAGCUCAAGUGCAAAUUACAACAUGGAUACAAGCUCGAGUUCUAGUGGGAAUUACAGUCUGGAUACGAGCUCGAGUUCGAGUGCAUCGGAGUUGUUUGUGCAGGCAAAUGAUUGUGUUCAGGAAGGGUUUAAGCUGAAUAGUAAGGUCAGGUCGAAGAAAGUUGUGGCUACUGCAGGAACGGUGGCAACGAUGUUGGGAAAAGACUAUGUGAGGUCUACUCCAAAUAAGAGUUCACUGAAGUGGAAGCGUUUUCACGAGGAGAGCUGGAGCAGGGAGGACAAAGAGCAGUUCUUGUGCUCGAUGCUUGGAUCUGAGUGCGAGUUGAACUUGGGUGUCGUUAGAGAUGUCCUUUGUCAAUGUGGCUAUGACUUUGAGAAGGCUUUAGAUGUACUACUUGAAUUAUCUGGUUCGUCAAGUAAACAAUCCAAAUGUUGUUAUGAUUCUAAUGACGGAGAAGAUACUCAGUUUCAUCUGGAAUCAAAUGGCAGUCUUUCUGAUGGGACAUCGAACUCAACUUUUCAUCCAUCUGAAAUUGAAGUUCAAGAUAAUGUAUGGAGUGCUGCGAAUCUUUUCAGGAAUCUUUCUGAAGUUUCUGCAGCUUGUGAAUCUCACUGUUUGAAGGAGACUGGAAACUCAGAAUCAGAACUUCCGCAGGAAGUGUUAAAAUCUUUAUUUAAUAUGCCCACUCCCAAGAACGCUGAACAUGAACCUAACACCAUGAACUGGAGGAACGUGGUAAAGAAAAUGGCAUCCCUGGGACAAAGGUUGGAACCUGAUGGUGGUGAACAAGGGCAGUGUCUCCAUGCUAAAGGAGAUGAAUAUCAGGCGUUCAGAGUAACUGCGAAGCAGCACUGGGAGUCCAUGAAUUCUUAUUAUCAGAAGGCUGCAACAGCAUUUACAAAUGGGGAGAGGGGAUAUGCAUCUUAUCUCUCUGAGCAGGGAAGGUUGCACAAUAAAAUGGCUCAAGAAGCAGAUGAAAAGGCUAGUCAAGAUAUAUUUACUGCAAGAAACAGGAACAUAGAGAACACAAUAACAAUUGAUCUGCAUGGACAGCAUAUUAAACAAGCAAUGAGGCUUUUGAAACUCCACCUAUUAUUCGGAGCAUGUGUGCGUUCUGUGCGGUUAUUCAGGGUUAUCACAGGAUGUGGAAGACAUGGUGUUGGCAGAUCAAAGCUCAAAAAUUCAGUCAUUGGUCUCCUACAGAAAGAAGGUAUCACAUGGCGUGAAGAAAAUAGUGGAACACUUAUCAUAAGGCUCGACGGAAGGUCGAAUUUUAAUUUCCUAGAUCAUGAUAGCGAUGGCGAGUAACCACUGUUCGCCAUCUUUAGGAAGGAUGCUAAUUUUUCGACUGCUGGGAAAUUGGCACUGAUAAUUUACGUAGUUCUUGAUUACUCUUUGCUGGAAAAGUCACUUGAUCUUGUCCAUUAAUUAGCUAAAGGUUGUAGCUGACUUUAUAGAUAAUCGAGUGAGUGCAGGUCCAUGCUGUAUAUUAUGCACUGUCAGUUGUAAACUUAAAACUUAAAAGCCUACUUUAUAUUCCUUA